AUGGCAAUGCUGAACCGCCAACAAGCAGUUCACAUGCCCCCUCAGUUAAGCUUUGAUAAUUUCCUACUUUUUAUGAUUGCAGGUGGUGCUAUCAUUAAUCAUGUUUCUGAUGAAGAGAUUAUCCAAAGUGUGCUACAAGAAGCCAGUACAUCCAACCUUAAUUUGGAAGAACUUUUAAAGCUGCAAGCAGCAUCUUUACUCAUCAGACUAAAAGAAGUCCACUGCGCUACUCAAGUGAUCAUCAACCAAGUUAUAUCUGGUGUUGCUCCCAUGUUUGACACCUUUUUGGAUAUACUUCAGAACAAAUUUAGCAAAAACCCCAAUGAUGUUCUUACCACUGACGAAGUUGUCUCUUGUAUCGAGUCUGUACGUGGUCAAUCCCUUUUUGCGGGGCUGGAAACUUCUAAGGAACUGGAAGAAUACAUCAAUGAUGAAGAGGGUUUGAUAAAACCUGUCAAAGUCACAGUUGCCACCAAAGAAGUUGUGAAAAAUAAUAAUAUCAAGAAGAUUGAUGUUGAUUUUGGAUAUGUGGUGCCAUUUCUACCAGGUUUGGAGAAGAGCUUAAACUGCCCUGAAAUUCUAAAAUGUGUUGAUAAUCCAGCCCCAGUAAAACCUGGGGUAUUUACAUCACCUUUAGAUGGGUACUUCUAUCAAAAUCAUCCAAUAGUAAAAGAAGACCCGAAGACUCUUGCAGUAGGCAUAUAUGCUGAUGGUGUAGACUUAACCGAUUCUGCAAGCAGCAAGUCUGGUGUUCAUUCCCAGACAUUUAUUUAUUUUGUGAUCUAUAACAUAGAUCCUAAGCUUAGGUCUUCAAGACGUUCAAUCUUCCUAUUGGGCAUUGUUAAAAGUGAAGUCCUGAAAAAACAUGGUUACAACGAUUUUCUGAAAGAUUUUGUAGCUGGGAUGAAUAAACUUUCAAGCCGUGAAGGUGUUACAUUUGAAAUCAAUGGUGAGAAAAGGGUAUUUCAUGGUAUUUUUAUCUGUGUUUGUGGGGACAAUCCUGCCUCUCAAAAUAUGGGGGGCUUCAAAGAAAGCCACUUUGCUGAGAAACCCUGUAGGCAUUGUUAUGUGAAUACUGAAGAUCUCUUCAAGAGCUUCAAGGAAGGUGACUUCACUCUGCGUAGAAUGGACUUGCAUGAAGCUCAAGUGAAAGAAGUUGAGGAGUACUUCUCACUUCGCCCAUGCUCUUUGAAGCUGGAGAUAUGUUGUUUGCUGAAAGAUGUUGUUGAUUCUAAGGAACUAUCCUUAGGUAUAAUCAAUGAGCGAAUUCACAUGUUUUCCAAACUCUUUGGUGUGAACAAGCCAAGUGUAAUUGAGAUGAGCUAUUUGGAAAAUAAGAGAUUAAGACAGACUGCUGCAGAGACACUCAACCUAGCCUACAUGUUACCGUUUGUUCUCAGGAAAAGAACCAACAAAGAUUUAGUGACUGUGUGCAAAGAGAAAAAUAUGAAGUGUUUCACCAUGCGUCUGCAAUUAUUAGACCUCCUUAUGUCAGAGAAAUUGACUUACAAGGAUAUUCAGAAAAUACGCACAGUAACUCAAGCUCAUCAUUUACUAUUUCAAGAUUUGUAUGGCUGUGCAAUUCCUAAAAUGCAUUAUGAAUGCCAUCUAAAUCAAAUUCUCUUGUACGGUCCACCUCGGAAUUAUUGGUGUUUUGGAUUUGAAGGAAAGCAUGCCUACUUUAAAAGGUUACUUAGGAUCUUGCGCUGCUUCAAAGACCCUGCUGGAACUUUUGCUAGAGCCCAUCAACGCCGUGUUUGUGGACUUAUGCUUCUCAGCAAAAAAGGAAUUGCUGGUCCUUUUCUACAAAGCAGUGAUUCGCUUGGGUCCCCAGUUAAUUCGAAGCUUCAUUCAUUAGCAUAUCGAUCUGGUUUGUUGGAUUUUUUCCCAGACAUUGCUAUUGACUUGAGGCUCACUCAAUACAAGACUUGCUCCUACAAUGGUGUCAAGUAUAGUAAAAAUCAAAUAAUUAUGAUCUCUUUGUCAGAGGCAUUGCCUAAAUUUGGUCAAAUCAUCCACAUGUUCCAACAUCAAGGUAGAUUACUAUUUAUGUACAAACAAAUGUUGACUGAAUGCUGUGCUCAGUUUCUUAAUGCAUUUAAACUCAGUUAUUGUAUUGGUACUGAGUUUGGUGUAAUUUGUGUGUCUGAUUUGCCCUAUCACCAUCAGAUAUAUUUAGUGAAGUCAGCCAUUCAUUCUCUUAGUAAAAUAAAUAAUUGGUCACAUUACCUUGAUGAAAACAAGAAGGGUCAAUUUGAUUGUUUUAUUAGUGUAAAAGUAUCAGACAGGAAAGUUUCUGAACUAGUGAUAAAAUAUCUUAAAGCAAUUUGUUACCAUGCGAAGUAUCUCAAAACUGAACAAACAUCUUUAACUAUUAAACCUAAAUUUUGGCAAUGGAAAGAAAAUUAUAGAAAAAAGGCUUGGCUACAGGAAAAUGACAUGAUACCAAUCUGA